CAGAGGUUCAGUAUUCCAGCGGUCGCGGAACGUGAAGGAAAGCCCCAGCAAACGAGACUAUGUCGAUGCAAAUGUGGGCCCUGCUGGCCCUCUUCCUGUGUGUAGGAGUGCUUGAGAGCCAGGCUCUGCUUAACCACGAGACGGAGAGCAUUGAGAAGUGCAUUAAGAACUACGGCGGCCUCACCUCGGAGACUGCUGAGCGCCUGGAACGCUUCAAGGAGUGGUCGGAUGGCUAUGAGGAAAUACCCUGCUUCACGCAGUGCUACCUCGCUGAGAUGUUUAACUUCUACGACAAUCGCACGGGCUUCGAUGAGAGCGGCGUUGUGCAGCUCUUUGGACGGCCCGUCUACGAUGCCUGUCGCCAGAGAUUAGAGCUGGGCGGGGGUCGCACGCAGAGCAGCUGUGAGCAUGCUUACGCGGGCUUUCACUGCAUCACCAACCUGGAGGGGCAUCCAUUCAUGCAGAUCGAGAGCAUGCCCAACAUCUCGGUGACAGCCAAGACCGCCAUGAAGGACUGCCUGCAGUUGGUGGACCGAGACGAGUGGAGCCGCUUCCAGGCGUAUCCCGACUUCCCCGUAAACGAGCCCAUUCCCUGUUUCACGCGCUGCUUCAUCUCGAAGCUGCAUCUGUUUGACGAGCGCACCCGCCGCUGGCAGCUGCUGUCAAUGCGGAAGCAUUUGGGUGUCCCAGUGGCAGGCGCCCGUGUGUCCGCGUGCCAUCAGAGGCGUGGUAGGAACCAGUGUUCCACCAUUUACCAGCAGUUCACAUGCUAUGUACUGGCUGUUUAGAGGGGCCAUUGUCCCCUGGUACUUUUAUAAUGUGAACAACAUCCAUGUCUUCUAAUACAAGUGACUUUAUAGUUA